AUGAGUGCUGUGGAGUUGCCGUUGGUGCCCAGCGCGCGUUCAUCCAGCUCGUCCGCAUCUUCCAGCCGCAGUCAUCUACACUCGGCAGGCUCGAUCAACUCGGAGAAAAGCGCUCGAACUGAGGAGGCGCAGCAAGAGGAGGAAGAGCCCCAAGAGUCUAGCGGAGGAGGGCUCUGGGAUGAAGUGGAGCAUUUCCUGAACAAGCCGUCGCCUAGCCUGUCGAAUCUAUCUGGGAAGACGUCGAAGGCUCCAGUCAACAAGCCACCGAAGAGCACUCUUCCUACCUUGAACGCAAGGAGGGCGUCGCCGGAUAAUCAGACGACCUAUCCCAGUCGGCCUGCAUCAAAGACCAUCGACCCGAAGCUUCUGCAAGAAGCGUUUGCGUAUGCCAAUCAACUGCAGCAGAUGAACUUUGAUGACGACGACGGAGACGCAGACGAGCAACAGCAGUCGUGGAGAAACAGCAAGACCAAGAUGCUGAUGCAGCGCGCGGCGCUUGGCAGAGCGAACUCUUCAUCAUCUUCAUCGUCACUGUCGAGUAAUGCUGCCUCUGGUGGCCUCCGAGGAAGCCGGGCAGGCGGAGGAAAAGGGUCUUCCAGCGUAAGCACGGAUGCCCGAAAGAAGAAGGGCAAGCCAACAUCUUCAUCGGCGUACGGCUCAGCAGUGAAGUCGAAGGGGUCGAAGCCAAAAGGCCACAUGGACCCUCAAACCUUGCAAGCUCUCGUCAGUAAUUUCCAGAAUGGCACGACAUUGGAAGAGCUUCGUCGAGAGCUCGCUGCCUCUCAGCAAAGCAUGGCAAUGUCACGCCAAGUCCUCCAAGAAGCCGCCCAAACCUUCUUCCAAUCCCACUAG